AUGGAGGACGAGCGAGAGAAUGAAGAGCAACAACCGGUCAAGCAUAAAUGGAAUCUGGAGCAACUCAGAGGUGGGCACUCGUUCCUGUCCAUGCAAGCAGCCACGAACCGAUUCGCUUCCCAGAAGGGCAUGACCGCACCUGGCAUGCCCAGGUUCAUUGAACCGAAUCGAAAAAGCGAGGAAGUACUAAGAGCGCAGUGCGGAACGAACCAAUAUGCAUCGCAGAAAGGCAAAUAUCAGGUUCCAAAAGUGGUCUAUAAAAAGGAAUGGGAAACGAUUCUUGAUAAGGAAGGAGAGAAAAUUAUGCCAAAACAAUCAGGAGACUAUGGAUUAGCAACGCAGUCUGGAGAGGUUCUUUUAUUCCAUCUAGCUGAUUGUUGCUCUAUCCAAUUCCUAUCUACCACAAGAUAA